AGUAAGCGGGGAGGAGUGAGCCGAGCGCGAGAGGUGCGAUGAAGUCAAACCUGCCAUAGACUAAGUUUUGCCCUUGGCUUUUCUUUGCCACGGGCACAACGAUUUGAGGAAAAAUGAGCGAUUGUUGGGAAAGUUUCUGAAGUUUCUGAAGCUUUUAGUAUCGAAAUAACACUGAAUAUACUUAUUUUUGGAAUUAUUCUUACGCAAAACAACGCUGCUGUCUACAGCCGAUAAAUGACGUGAUACAGGUUCAGAGAUAUGUGAGACUGUAUGAAUGCCCAUCAUGACACUGAAGAUCCUUCCUCGUUUGGAAGUCAUUGUUGCAGCCUUGUGCCUGUUCAAUCUAACAAAUGCAGAUGAGGCUGUUGUCCAUGCCAAGAAAGGGGACAAUGCUGUGUUGACAUGCAGUUUACCAACCCCUGACCAGGGCAGUUCAGCCCCGCAGCAUGUCAUAGAGUGGGUGCGUCAGGACUAUGAUAUCGCCAUCCUCAUCCAAUUUGGAGUGCACGACCCUCGUGUGCAUCCCAACUUUGAUGGUCGAGUGUCGCUCAUCGAGGGCACAUCACUGCAGGUGAGGGGGCUUCUCCUGGAGGAUGAAGGCUUGUAUGAAUGCCGCAUUCUCCCUCUGGACAAAACAACAGAUGAGACUGAAAGCAGUGGAAGCUGGACUCUACUCUCCAUCACAGCUCCACCUAUGUUUACCGAAACUCCACCUCCUGUCAUUGAAGUAUUUGUGGGUAGAUCGCUAACACUGAGGUGCGCUGCUCGUGGAAACCCACGACCCACAAUAACCUGGACUAAAGACGGAGGGCCAAUAAAACCUCAAAAAAUACUGAAGUUCAUGAAUGGAAGUCUAUCUUUCCAUGCUGUAAGCAGAGAAACAUCAGGCCAGUAUCAGUGUCACGCCUUCAAUAAAGAAGGAAAUGUAACUCACAUCACAAAACUCAAAGUCAUUGGCCCUCCGGUGAUCAUAAUUCCUCCAACGGACACUUUUCGCAACAUGUCCCAGGAUGCCAAGCUGAAGUGCCAGGCAGAAGCAGACCCACCCAACAUGACUUAUGUAUGGCAAAGACAAGGAGAAGAUAUAUACCACAUUGAGUCUCUGAAGUCUCGUGUAAAGGUCAUAGUGGACGGCACACUCCUCAUAUCACGCUUGACUCCAGGGGAUUCUGGGAAUUACACCUGCACACCCUCUAAUGGACUCCCUCUGUCCCCGUCUGCCUCAGCGGUCCUCACUGUGCAGCACCCUGCUCAGGUGAUUCGGAUGCCCAAGCUGACCUUCCUCCCAACAGGCAUGAAGGGCAUAAUUUCCUGCCCUGUCACAGCUGAACCUCCACUAUCACAUGUUGACUGGACCAAAGAUGGAAACCCACUGGAUUUAGGCAUGUAUCCUGGAUGGACUCUGACCUUGGAAGGCUCUAUUGUCAUAGCAACCGCCAAUGACGAUGCUGCGGGUGUAUAUACAUGUACUCCCUACAACAGCUUUGGGACAAUGGGCCAGUCUGAGCCCACCAAUGUUAUACUACAGGAUCCUCCAUCAUUGAAAAUGUCACCUCGUAAGGAGUACAGACAGGAAGUGGGGAGGAUGCUUGUCAUACCAUGUCAGAUGAAUGGUGAUCCGGCUCCAAAAAUUAUCUGGAAAAAGGUUGGCACAGCAUCUCGCUCGUUGUUCACUCUAGCAGGAAAUGGCUCCCUCAUUCUGCACCCUCUCAGUAAAGACCACCAGGGGGAGUGGGAGUGCAGCUCCAGCAACCAAGUGGCUACUGUCUCUGCCAGAACAACAGUGCUUGUGCUGAGUACGAGUCCUCAUGCAGUGUCCUCAGUGUCUGUGAUCCCAGGAAUAAACCAAGCCAAUGUAUCCUGGGUAGCUGGUUUUGAUGGAGGAUACACCCAGAAAUUCACAGUCUGGUAUAAGCAGUCGGCAGAAAAGACAGAGGAAAAGCAGGAGUGGUUGUCUUUUCCAAUCAUGUCUACAGAGAACAGUUUGUUGGUCACUAACUUACUUCCUGCCACUGAGUACCAGUUCAGCAUCAUGGCCCAAAAUAAAGUUGGCACUGGACCCUUCAGUGAGAUCGUCAUAAUCACAACUUUGGAUGCACUUCCUGUUGUGACCAAGCUGGAACCACCUACAGGUCUCUCAGUUAAUCAGAGUUCAGAGGGAAUUCUUUUGAGGUGGUCAGUGCCCCAGUCCAAGUCUCCACCAAUUGACGGUUUUGUUGUCCAAUCACGUCUUGAAGGGCGGGAAUGGGUUAAUCUGAAAGAACACAUUAGCCCAAAUGAGAGUCAGUUCUUUCAUUUGGGGUUAUGUAAGGACUGCAAGUAUGAGCUUAGGCUUUUGUCUUGGCGUGGAGAUGAGCUGAGCAUUCCCAGUCCAUCAAUCAGUGUCUCCACUAUCGGAAUGGCAAUACCCCCAGCCAGCCCCCGCCUCCUGGAUUUUCCUGAUCAGCUAAUGGCUGGUGUCAUGGGUGGAGUGAUACUACUUUGCCUCACCCUUAUCCUAGCCCUGGCAAUAGUUUGUUUCAUAUUUCAUAGAAGGGGCCAAAGGUGCAGACAGAAUAUGAAGGAUCUCCCUCCUGCAAUUAAUAAGAACCCCCCUGUGAAAGCUGACCUAAGCAGCCCUGACAACACCUUGAAACAACAGCUCUUACCAGAUCGUCCACACUCCUACACUUCCUCCUCUUCCGAUCACUCCUCCCUUGACAAGUCUAAUCGCAGUGAUUUUCAAGGUCAGCGACAACAUCUUCUGCCCCAAGCUAACCCUCCAUACCAUCAUUCACUCACUGAGAGCCACCUCCAACGGGCAUCGCUUGCACCUAUGAAUUUGGUUGAGUUCAUUGACAGAGGGCCUGAUGGUCGCUUUAAUGUCCAGCCUUGUAAAGACGUUAAUGUUGCUAGAUCUAAUAUAAAAAGGAACCUGAGUCAAAACUCUCACUGGUCAUCAGAUGGAAAUAGGAGCUUUUCAAUCCAUAAAUCCCAGUCUUUGAGAUCCUACAGGAAUGAAAGAAAGCCACCAUUUGUCCUUUCUGUGGACCUUCCACCUUUUGGAUCAGAUAUUCCAUCUUCCAGCAGAACUCAUUUUAUGGCUAAACACCUCUCAUUGAAUGGACAUUACCUGCCCAUUCGGGAGCAAGAGUUCUUUGAUGGACAAGACCAGACAAGUAUCUGUUCAGAUAGUAGUGACUCUUUUCUCUAUCCUCAUUCAGAAAGUACUCUGGGUUGCCAAUCCCUGAAACAAGGUAAUAGCCACCCUGCAGCAAAUACCCUGGUUUUGCAGAUGGAGCAUGAGAGGGAACAAGGAAAUUUGAACCGUUGUUUGACUUUGGCACGUGAGAGAGAGGAGCUUGAACGGCAGUUGUGUAAGUACACUGUUGAACCAAAUUCAUCUAUCAACAGAAAAAUAGCUGACAAAUAUGGAGAAAUGUUGCCAUCUGGAGAAACUCAGAGCAACUACCAAGCCAUGAGACAAAGUCUUUUAUUUGAGAAUUCUACCGUCUUGAAGGGAAGAGCUGCAUCAUGUAUUCCGUGGGAAGCAAGACACAGGAUUUCUUCUGCCAGCUUGGUGCCUUUACAUACCUCUUAUGGAAAGGAUAACCAAUAUAGGAUGAAUCCUCAUGGUUGCCAUACAAUCCAAAAAUCAAACUUCCAAAGGUCCAGAAGUCUAGAGAGAGGGGAAUGCCAAAAAUCACACACAUGGGACCAAAGGCGAAGCAGAACGCCUGUUGAUUCAAAUCUCAGCAGAAUGAUAGAUGUGCCUUCAAUCUACAAAAUGGAAAAGACUCAAGUUGGUGUAGGACAUAUUCAGAAGAACAUCUGUAAAAGUCAACAACAUUUUGACCCACAUAUACAUUCAUCCUCUGACAAUCAGCAGGGGUGGAAAAUAGCAAAAAGCACCAGACAAAUGAACCAACCUGGUGACUCAUCAGAGAUGAGUGUGGAUGGACCUGAGCUUGAAAGCCAGUGCUCUCCAUAUUCAAGGUCCAUAAUGGACUUGGACCACAGUUAUGAGACAUUAGAGUAUGAUAGACCAAGGUUAUCAGAACUUGAGCAGGACAGAUCUAUAGGGCAAAAGUUGGAGUCCGGGAAUGCAGUUUCAAGGAAAAACCAGGAAAGGUUUGACAGUUGGUCGAGCAGAAAUGGGUCUCCAAAGGAUGUGUCUGGAACAAUGCUUCGUAAGACAAAAAGUCUGGGGUCAAACACUUGGAAUCGGCACAAGAGCACCCAUAGUUUAGACUCUAAAAAAUACAAGGAACAGUUUUUGCCCCCUGAUGCCUGGAUUGACUCUCUGACACUUGGUCGAGAUCCUACAGUGUCCCCCUUCGCAGGCAGGCCUAACACAGUGGCAGAAAAAACAAAAAGUAGUCCAAAUAUGCAAGCAGAUUCACUCAAUCCUUCAGAAAGUCAGUUGCAAAACCAUGAAUGUUGGGCCUCUAAACCCCCUGGUGGUUUUACCAAUGACUCAGAGUUCCGCAAUAACCUGGUGUCAGGACAUCACACUCACGCCUUGUCACCAGGGGAUUCAAGCUGGCCUAUGUCUUAUACCCCUUCUCGGUCAGUCCUACCAUCUGGAAGCCGGAGCCAAAGCCAAGAUGGGGAAAGAGAUGAGGAAGACGAAUAUGGGCAAGAGGUGGAUGUGGAAAUUAACCAAUACAGGAAAAGUUCAGAGACGGAAGGAAGUUAUAGGAGCUAUGCAAGCCAAAGCAGUGGCCGAGGCAGCAUGGAUGCCCCAAACAGCAGGCAGUUCUCUUUCAGCCCACCUCUCACCAUCUCACCCGAAACCACAGAGGAAAGUGACAGAGAUGACACAGGCCUACCAAAGCAUGAACGGCAAGAAAGACCUAGGACAGCCUCUGUGGAUGAGAGCUAUGAGUGGGACUCUGCAUAUGUCCCUAUGCAUUCUGUGCACCCUAAAGCAUCAAUAAGCAAAUCAGGCCUACACGGAGAGCUCCUUAAUCAAGAAAAGCAAAGCAGCACUACUAAGCUUGACUACAGGCCAGAUUUAGACCUGAAACCAAAAGGUCUUUUCCCUCCAGCUGGAUUGAAGAUAUCUGUUCCACUCUGUGUGGCUCCCACUAGUCUUUCUCCUCGCUGUGAGCAAGAAUCACUCCUUGCUAUCGAGAUCCAAAAGAGCUCCAUAGUAUUUCCAAACCCAGAGGAUGACACUGUUCUCUUCUGAUUGCAGCUUUGCCUCUACAGCAAGUUAUCUUCAUAUUUUAUGCAUUAUCUUCUACAGCAGAGAAGUUAGAUUGAACACAACAUGGUUCACCUCAACACACACCCAUAUGGUAAAGAUGAGAAGGGUCACAGGAUGUCACCAUUAAUUGGACAUCUGAGGACCACUCAAGCAGCAGAACUGAACCCUAGAUCAAGCACUCCUCUCCCCAACUACUGGGAAUUAUCUGAUGGGUGGACAAAACCAAAACUCUCUUUUAAAAAUCAAACAUUAUGCACUGGAGUUGCAAGUUAAAGGAUGAAUAAUUAAUAAAGGACACAUUUUUAAUAAGCCCCUUUCAAAUUAGAUUUUUGCAGCAGCAUUAGAUUGUUCUAUAUUUUCUAUUUUGACAAUAAGAGCAAAAUAUAUUUCAGAAACCACAAUUAAAGUUAAACUUUAUAAACUGGUUUAGAAAUAUUUUAUUACACAAAAUUGAAUUUUUUUUUUUAAGAUAUCCAGCAAAUUGGACAUGCACUUGAAUGCCUCCGUGGAACAUUUCACUGAAAAGUUUGAUUGAAGACCUUCUUGACAAUCAUUGUUCCUCAUCACCUAUACUCGUACCUACCUCAUGCAAAGCACAAUCACAAUUUAUAUGAAUUCCACACAUUUUUAACAGUACAAUACCAUUCUUGUGGAGUAAAGCACUGCAUUGAUCAGUUUGUGGUCAUGCACCAUCCAGUCCUUGACAGCACUGACAAUCGAUUGAAGCCUUUGAACUUUUAACCCUAUAAGGAUAAAUAACCUCCAUUGUUCCAUAUCCUCCAGAGACCCAUUGCUUUCUGUUUAAUCUUGAAAUCUCCCCAUUUUUUGUUUCUCAGAUGGUUUGUGGGUUUGUUUGUUUGUUUAUUUUGACAUUUUAUCAUAGAGAUCUGUUUUUAUUUACUGGUGUCCGAUGUUAAGUUUGAGCCAUUUAAUGAGAAAUCAAGUGUUAAAUUAGUGUGAUUAUUUGCAUCAGUGUCUUUUUUAGGUGAAACCUAAUAAUUUCAAGUGCGACUGAAAGGAAACGAUUAGAAUUCACUGCCAGUCACAUGAGUUAAUUACAUCCUUCUGCUUACACUGACAUUACCAUGUUACCUAAAAAAUAAUUGAGCUUUACCGUUAUAAACUUUUUAUACAGUUUAAAGUAACAUUUCAAUUCAGACUUGCUUUUAAUUACAAUUUUUAAAAGACACAUUUUAGAGACUAUUUUCAUACGAUAAAUGCAAAUUUAUGCAGUAUAUAGCCUAAUUAUAUCACUGCUUCGGAGUGUUUGAAGAAUAUUAUGACAUUUAUUAAUACACUGUGACAGAAAAUCCACCAUUAUUUUCUCUCUGCCUACAUGAAAUGUUUCAUUGUAGCUAUUGCCGACAAGGCAACUCAAUGAAUUUAUCUCAGUUUGCAAAUAUGUCUUUAUGAAAUUAAUUGUUGUAUUUUAAACUUUUAGUUGAAAUGUGAAACAAGACUUUAAAAAUAUUUGUUUGUUAGUUAAAAUUGAGAAUUGUUGCAUGCAUGCAUUGUGUCAAUAACUGUUUUAUUUUGUUUUUUUUUGCAUACAAUUUGUACCUACAUUUUUGUUACUUUUAUCAAACUCUGAAUUCUAUUUCUUGUAUAGUAGAUUUAUAUAUUGUUUAAAGGCAACAGUACGUUGAUUUGUGUUUUUGUAGAGAUGCUACAGACAAAAACUGUUGAGAUGCUUUAUACAGUAUUUUCCACUAGGAUGUGCUGCUCUUCACAAAUGAAAGAUUUAGAAAAAAAAAAUCCCUGAAGCAAUGAAAGCAUUCUCUAAAAAUGUUUUUUAUUAUUAUACACUUUUUCCUGCCAAAAUAAGCCCAUGAAGGACAUUCUCAUAUAUUCUAGAAGAAAUCUGAAAAUAUUGUCAUUUUUUCUUACAACACCGUUUCAUGUGAACAUCAGUGGGAGCCAUUCCCAUCUCUCUUUUUCUGUCAAGCAGCAAAAUAUGCGCUUUUCUCCCCAUUUAAUUUGUGACACUGACAGAUAAUUCUCUUUUAGUGAUUGGAGUGUGAAGUCCUGACAGGUUACAGAUGCACACUAUAGCGUGAGAGCUGAACAUAAGGAGCAUAGACUCCAUCAUUAUCUGAGUCUCUCUGCACUACCACAUGCUACAUUACUCACAGUUGAUGUGAAUGGCAAGAAAAGAAGAAAAAAAACAUCCACACUGCAUUUCCCUCAAACAUUUUGUUGGUUUUCCACUUUGAGUUGUCCUCUUUCCAAAUGCAGUGUAAUAUUGCGCUGUUAAUUUAUGCAUGCAUUGUAACUGUAACAAUGGUAACAUAAAUAAUUAACAAUAAACCAAUUGAUAAAACAAACACUCCUUAACGGGCACUUGAAACACUAUCUAAAAAGCUUUCUCAUGAAUAACAAUACCUGGCAUUCACAUACUCCAUACUU